AUGCCUGCUCCAAAACAAAAACCAGGAAAGCAGAAGUUAGCUCCUGAAAAGGAAAGAUUCAUCCAAUGUUGUGGGGAUAUUUCCCUUGAACUUGUGGCCUCAUUAAAGAACUCCAAAGAUAUCAACCUUAAUGGACUUGUCAUCCGGUAUGCCAAAAAGUACAAGUUGAAACAACAACCCCGUCUUACUGACAUCAUCUCAUCUAUCCCUGAUCAAUAUAAGAAAUAUCUUAUCCCCAAACUUAAAGCCAAGCCAGUUCGUACUGCUUCUGGUAUCGCCGUUGUCGCGGUCAUGUGUAAGCCUCACAGAUGUCCUCAUAUUGCGUAUACCGGUAACAUCUGUGUCUACUGUCCUGGUGGUCCCGAUUCCGAUUUCGAAUACUCCACUCAAUCAUAUACCGGGUAUGAGCCCACAUCCAUGCGUGCAAUUAGAGCAAGAUACGACCCUUAUGAACAAGCAAGAGGAAGAAUCGAGCAAUUGAGACAAUUGGGUCAUUCCAUCGAUAAAGUGGAGUAUAUUAUCAUGGGUGGUACGUUCAUGUCGUUGCCUAUUGAAUAUAGAGAAAAUUUCAUAACUCAAUUACACAAUGCCCUUACUGGGUUCAAUGGUCGUGAUAUCGACGAAGCCAUUGAGUUUUCACAACAAUCUCAAACUAAAUGUGUCGGUAUCACUAUCGAAACCAGACCAGAUUAUUGUACCGAGACUCAUUUGAGUGAUAUGUUGAAAUAUGGAUGUACAAGAUUGGAAAUUGGGGUUCAAUCAGUGUAUGAAGACGUGGCAAGAGAUACUAAUAGAGGACACACCGUCAAGGCCGUAUGUGAAACUUUUGCAGUGGCCAAAGAUGCUGGGUACAAAGUUGUCAGUCAUAUGAUGCCCGAUUUGCCUAAUGUAGGAAUGGAACGAGAUUUGGAACAAUUUAAAGAAUAUUUCGAGAACCCCGAUUUCAGAACUGACGGGUUGAAGUUAUACCCUACAUUAGUCAUUAGAGGUACUGGUUUGUAUGAAUUGUGGAAAAAGGGUCUUUAUAAAUCAUACAAUGCCAACGCUUUGAUUGAUUUAGUCGCUAGAAUUUUGGCCUUGGUUCCUCCCUGGACCCGUAUUUACCGUGUUCAAAGAGAUAUUCCUAUGCCAUUGGUCACUUCAGGGGUGGAAAAUGGUAACUUGAGAGAAUUGGCUCUUGCUAGAAUGAAAGAUUUCGGGACUUCUUGUAGAGACGUGCGUACCAGAGAAGUCGGUAUACAAGAAGUUCAUCAUAAAGUAGCUCCUGAUCAAGUUGAAUUAAUCAGACGAGACUAUUAUGCUAAUGGUGGUUGGGAAACAUUUUUGAGUUACGAAGAUCCCAAGAAGGAUAUCUUGAUUGGGUUAUUACGAUUGAGAAAAGCCACCAAAAAAUAUACCUAUAGAAAAGAAUUCACAUCUCAACCUACUUCCAUUGUUAGAGAAUUACACGUUUACGGUUCAGUAGUGCCGUUACAUUCAAGAGAUCCGAGAAAGUUCCAACAUCAAGGAUUUGGUACUUUAUUGAUGGAAGAAGCUGCUAGAAUCGCCAAGGAAGAACAUGGAUCCAAGAAGAUCAGUGUUAUUUCUGGUGUUGGUGUGAGAAACUAUUAUGCUAAGUUGGGAUAUAAGUUAGACGGUCCUUACAUGUCCAAGAUGUUGGAUGAUGAUGAGUAA